AAGGCAAGUUGACCCUACUUUAAAGCUCAGCCACAUAAUUUUAAGCCACAUGUGAUGUCUGAAAUGGGUAAUGCUGAGCACACAUGAGAACUGUACUAGAGAUAAGACUGCUACAGAAACUGAUGUGGGAGGAAGCCGAGGAGGAGCACAACCUCAAAGUCACAACAUAUGUCGUUACUUUUCAUGAAUUUUCUGAGCCAAUGGUUAGCAGCAAUUGAAGCACUGUGAUUUCAAGGUAUGUGUGAAUUUGAGACAGAAUGUUUGCUUGCAUGAGGUAUGCGAUGGAGUACGUUGAAUAUUAAGUAUUUUGGUGCUUUGGAGGUAGGGUGGUGAAUUGUGUUUUCUUGGGGUUCAUCUUAUUCUCUCACAAGCAGUGCCUUUGCAGCUUCCGAUUCAGUCUAUAUAUGCUAUCUAAAUAAAAGGCUUAUUCCCAAGCUGUGUGUUUUCACGGUCUGAGAAAUAAAUGGCUUCAAUGAGGGCAUAUCGUUGUGGUUCUGGAAGUAAGUGUGUGUGGUGGGUUCAGCUGGUUUUCAGAGAAUGUGUUUGUGGAAUGCAAGAUUAUAUGUCUGUUGUUUUCGGUCUCAUCAGUUUGUUGAGCUGGGCAGUUGCAGAAGUGCCUCAGAUUCUAACUAACUUUAAGAGCGGAUCCACAGAGGGUGUUUCCCUCGGCUUUCUCUUGACAUGGGUUGUAGGGGACAUUUUUAAUCUUAUUGGGUUUUGGCUGGAGCCAGCAACUUUACCAACACAAUUCUACACGGCAUUGCUGUACACAAUUACCACAAUAGUUCUUGUUUGCCAGAUCAUAUAUUAUGAUUAUAUCUACAACUGGUGGAAAAUGAAGGAAGUGUCAAGUCAACUUAAGAUUCAAGCUGAGCAAAUCGCGGAAUGUGAGCAAAAUGCUCAUAAAAAAGCAGAGCGUAUGAAGAUUCCAGCGAGCGUACACCACUCAUCUGCGACGGUCAUGAAAACUAGUGCAGAUUCUGAUAUUAUACCCGUUAUUCUGGUGUCCAGUUUAGCUAUACCUAAUGUUUCUCCUCGACAGAAACCCAAUAGUGGGAGUGACCUAUAUUUCACUCAAUAUUGUUUAGGCCUGAAUCCACUUAUGUUUAUAUUUGCUCUAGUUGGGAAUGCAACCUACGUGGGAAGUAUCCUUGUACGAACUCUGGAGUGGGAAAAGCUAAAGCCAAAUAUGCCAUGGCUGAUCGAUGCUGCAGCAUGUGUACUAUUGGACUUCUUUAUUCUUGUCCAGUUCAUUUACUAUAAAGUAAGAGGAACACGGACUGGUGGAGUUGAAAAAUAAGGGCUUUAUUACAGUACCAUCAAAUCAUUUCCUUUUCAUUCAAUGAAUGGAAAGGUUAAUGGUUUCAGAAGAUGUAUGGAUACGGGAGUCCUAUUUCAAGUAUUACAGUCUAAGAAGCUCAUUAUCAUCUGCGAGCAAUGUUCAUCUGAUAUGUGAUACUCCGCGUGGGUACCUAACAUUUAUCGCAAUGGGUUGCAGUGUUUUCAGGAUGAGUACUUUCAUCGCUGACAAGUUUAAUGCAUUAUAGCUGUGCUUUAUUUAACUAUCAAGUUUAGUAUAUUAUAGUUUUAUUUUUAUUCAUACAAACUCUUUUCUUCUAUAUUCAUUUUUUUCAAUUAAAACAAUAGCAAUGAUUUUAUAAGUAA